AUGACCUCGACCGACAUUACCUUCUGGGUGAUCUACCAACUUAGGAAGCAAAUGGGUCCACCUCUUCCUUGCGGGUCCUUUCAAUAUCCUCGAUCCACAUUAUUCUAUCAACCGAAGGUUAAUCUCAGGGCUCGUUCACACGAGGGGUCGCUCCAGUCAGAUGAGAAAACUCUCGGACUCGUUGCGCGUGCAGUGACAGGUCACCAGACCGCAACUCUAUUCAGCACCAGGUGCCGCAUUCUCAUGACCAACUGCGGACCAGCUGUGGACCGGUAA